AUGGACUCAUUCGGCGGCAUGUCUUCUUCCCCCAGCGACCCCAAGACAGCGGUCAUGCGUCAAGUACAGCAGGAAGCUGCUAUGCAGAACGCGCGCAUGCUGGUCGAGAAACUCAAUGAGCACUGCUUCGAGCGCUGCAUCCCCAAGCCUGGUGCCUCCCUCUCGAGAGGCGAGGAGAGCUGCAUGAGCGCAUGCAUGGAAAAGUACAUGAGCGCAUGGAACACAGUCAGCAAGCAAUACGUCGGCAGGAUACAGCGGGAACAAGGCGGUGCGGUGCAGAACGUGUAA